AUGCCGAACCAGCCAGCUCCGGAGAACGGCCGCAUCAAAUACCUCGAGAAGCUCAUCCGGACCGGUCGCACCGCGACUGUCAACAACCCUCGCGAUCUCCUGCCGCAGGAGGUGGCGAAGUACAAGAGGGAGCUGGCGGCGCUGAAGCUCCAGCGCGACCAGGGCGUGGAGAACCGCCGCCACGCCACCGCGGAAGCCGACCGCGUGAUCGGCGCCAUGGAGGCCGUGGCCGCCUCGCACGCGGACGAGCUCCGCAGCAGCGCCGCCGCAGUGGUGCAGCACGUGGACGGCCGCUUCGACGGCCUGGACGCCCGGCUCGAUCGGGUGCUCGGCAAGCCGGGUAGCGUCGAGGAGUGCGACCAGCAGAUGUUGCAACUCCGCCAGGAGAAGAAGCGCCGGGCCAAGGAGGAGCGCGAGGCCGCCCGGGCGGCCGAGAAGAAGCGCAAGCUCGAGGAGCCCUACCGCGUGGACCGCCAGGAGGGUGACGUCGAGGUCGCGGGCGUGGUGCUCCGCGGCGAGGGCAUCGCCUGGGCCGAGGGCCGCCAGGUCGACGCCGAGUUGGUCAUCCACGGCGUGCGCUGCAAGGCCGUGAUCCUGGGCAUCCCGAGCACGCUGCAGCUCGUGGGCCUAGGCCAGGAGCAGCUGAAGCCGCUCGCCAAGGCCCCCAGAGUCUUCGCGCUGACCAAGGGCGGCGACAAGUUCGUCCCGGCCCGCGUCGUCAGCGACCGCGCCGCCAAGCUCCUGGACGAGGACGACCGGACGCUGAGCCGCGUCGCCGCCGUGCGCUUCCAGAUCAACGGCAAGCCCGCCCUGCCGCUCCUCCAGGUCGCCGAGCCCCUCGCCGCCGAGCCCCUCGCCGCCGAGAAGAAGAAGCAGCUCCCCAAGGGGGCGCCGCUGCAGCUCCACGGGAUCGCCUGCAGAGUCCUCGGUCCCGGCUUUGUGCAGGUCAAGCAGGUCCCGCAGAUGCUUCGCUUCCUGCGGGGGAUGACUCCGUUCCCGGAGCUCAAGGCCGUGCAGGUUGGGCCUGUGCAACGCUUCGAUGCGGAGUGUCGCCACCUGGUCCCGGAGAACGCGAAGGAGCUGCAACUGCGGCUUGAGGACCGCGUCACCACCCAGGACAUCGCCGCCGAGGAGCCCGCAGCCGCCGAGCCAGCCGCCGAGGAGCCCGCAGCCGCCGACGAGCCCGCCGCCCCCGAGGACAUCGCCGCCGAGGAGCCCGCAGCCGACGAGCCAGCCGCCGCCGAGCCAGCCGCCGCCGAGCCAGCCGCCGAGCAGCCCGCCGCCGCCGAGGAGCCAGCCGCCGAGCCAGCCGCCGAGGAGCCAGCCGCCGAGGAGCCAGCCCCGGAGGAGCCAGCCGCCGAGGAAGCCGGGGCGCUCGCCGUGCUGCCCAGCUUCGCCCCCGUCCGUGUCUUCGGCGAGAUGGGCUUCGACGUCCACAUGAGAGGCGGACCCUUCGCGCGGGUUCUGGGCGACCUCUACCACGCCGGCCAGAUCCUGGAGAAGCUCCAUUUCGAGGUCCAGCUGGAACUCUACAAGGACAGCCGCAAGAAGGGCCCGCCCCAGGUGUUCAACGUGGUCCCGAAGAUGGUGGAGGACCGCCGCAGCGGCAAGGCCUUCAAGGUGGAGGGCACCGUCGCAAGGGUGACGCAGGUCACGAUGCUGCUGCCCGCGCCCACCGAGCUCAACGGCAUCUGGGGCUACUGGCUGGAUGGCCGCCGCGAGAUCGUGAGCAACUUCGACAAGCUCCUCAAGGCGGACCCCGCGCCUUACGGCCCGGAUGCUGUGUGGACCGCCGACAACGAACUGGUGUCCUUCGAGGGCUACGAUCCCAGCACGCAGACCGUCCGCUGCGAGGACGGGCUCGAAGUGCCCCUGAGCCAGGUGCACGCCAUCAUCGCGGACAUGUGA